AUGCCCGACGCUUCUGAAUCGAAAUCCUUCACUAUCUAUGUGAAAAUCGCCCAGCUUAUUGCUCAGUUUGGAUUCUUCUCUACCACUUUCUUCUGUUACAUUCUAAUAUUUCUUACUGUUUUUGGGAUAUCCAGAAGUUUUGGAAGUUAUAAAUAUCUACUAAUUCUCUUCCCAACAGUUGGUAUAUUUUUCGCAACGAUAGAGCUGAUUCUUUAUCCGAAUGUGUAUUCUCACAAUGCUGGUUAUGUCUUCUAUAGUACCAGUCGCCCAUUUGGAAUGAGUCAAGACACUGUAACCUUCUGUUUGUGCUUUUACACGGGAGUCUACGCAUCCACCAUUUCCAUGCUAUCGGUUCAAUUUUUAUAUCGAUACUGGGCGAUUUUUGACUCUGAUAUGCUUCAAAAACUCAAUCUCGACAUAUCUGAGGUUUCGGGUGUAGCCGUCGUUGCCUAUGACGCUACCGGUUCUAUCCGAUGGUUUAAUAUUUCGUCGACAACUACCAUGACAUGUAUCAUGGCUAUCCAGUAUACUGUAAUCAUCUAUUGUGCUAUUUUUAUGUAUAUUGGCAUGGAGGAAAAGCUUCAAAUGCUCUCAAUUUCAUUGAGAAACCUACACAAGCAAUUUUUCAAGACUCUUAUUCUCCAGAUUGUGACGCCCACUAUAACUCUGUUUUCUCCUGUGAUGCUUAUAAUCUACCUUCCUCUACUAGAUCUAGAGUGUGAUCUACCAACUGGAAUAUUCCUCUGCGCCUUCACAUUGUACCCAGCAAUGGAUGCUAUCAUUGUUAUGUAUAUCGUUGCAGACUACAAAAAAGCUGCAAAAAAACUCAUCAUUCAGUUUUUGGAUAAAUGUAAACAGUUAUUGAGUACCGUGGAAACAGAGCCAAGUACAAAUCAGACAGGAUCGAAGAAUGUGAAUUCUCCAACUGUUAUGAACUAA